GUGAUGGCUGCGCGUAAGCUGAUCGCACGUAUCAACCCAACGAACAGUGCUCUUUUCGUCUGUGAUCUUCAAGAGAAGUUCGCGUCAAAUAUCAAAUACUUCCCAGAAAUCAUUACAACUUCGCGUAGAUUGAUCGAUGCUGCCAGAAUCCUGAGUAUUCCAACCAUUGUUACUGAACAAUAUCCAAAGGGUCUCGGACACACAGUUCCAACUCUCAAAGAAGGUCUCGCCGAGAAUACUCCGAUCUUUGAUAAGACGAAAUUUUCCAUGUGCAUUCCUCCAACUGAAGACACUUUGAAGAAAGUUCAAAAUGUGAUCCUUGUCGGAAUCGAAGCACACGUAUGCGUUCUUCAAACUACAUACGAUCUUUUGGAACGUGGCUUGAACGUUCAUGUCGUGGUGGACGCUGUCAGCAGCCGCAGUCACACUGAUCGUCAUUUCGCUUUCAAACAGAUGGAACAAGCUGGAGCUAUCUUGACAACUUCUGAAGCUACCAUUCUCGGACUUGUCGGUGGAUCGGAUCAUCCAAAGUUCAAGGAAGUUCAGAAGUUGAUCCUUACUUCAGCCCCUGAUACUGGCCUCGUCCCGUUGUCGAAGCUCUAAAUGUUUUCCGUUUACGGCUUCUUUUUUUGCCAUGUAGAUUUGUGUUUAGUACCUCACUAUGUGUAAUUACAGCAUUUAACCGGUUUUCGUCCCAUAAAUUAUGGUGGUAA